GUCCUGGAGUCAGCGGGCUACUUGUGUCUCUGAGCCCUUAUCCACUCCACUGGUUCCUACCGUUUCUUUCCUCCCUUUAGCCUCUCACCGAGCCCCCAGGCCUAUCUCGUUCCUUUUCCUUCGCUUUCACCUGACUCCAGCUCUGUCUCCGUAUGCCUUUAAAUUUCAAGAAACAAUCCCUAACUCCUCCAUCUUUGCUGUUCCGUCCCCCCCCCAUUCCCAUCCCUUCCUUUUCUGAUGUUGUCUUCAACACCAUGUUCCUUUCUAUCUCCAUGACUUUCUCCUCUCUCUGAUCUCCAUCCCUUCCUUUCCCGUCCACUCUCUCCGCUUCUGUCCUGACCAGACCCCUCGGUCCUCUCCCCGGCCUGUUCUCCCACUCUCGCCCUCCUGCCCUCGCCUCCCUUCGGCGUCCCCCGUGGUUCUCCUGGAGCCCCUUCCCUCCCCGUCUCUUCCCCGCUGCCGUAUACCUUUCUUCUCACUCUGGACCAACCUUUGCCUUCUCAACCCUGCACACCCCUCACACCUGUUCCCACCCCAGCUUCUUCCCUGGGAGUGUUCACCGUGCAGGUAGAGACUAGGAAUUCAGAAGACACGGGGUGUCACAUGCCCCUCCUCUCUGGAGACCCCAGCCCCUGGGAUUCUCCACCCCCGGCUUGGAGACUGCACUUCCUUCUUGAACUAGCCAUCUAGACUCUCCUAGGACUUUGCCCGGGAGAGCCACUACUGGGGGGUGGCUUCCUUUGAACACCACCCUCUUUCAGAAAGCACCUCUGCAUUUGGAUGGUUAAACACCAAGAGCAAAAGUCGUGCGCUUCCCUCCCACCUAUCAUCCUUCUGAAAAGGCAGCCAGCUUCUGGGCUUCAUCGCAGAAGUGCCUGGCACUACAAGAGUAAAGGCUGAAAAUCUGGGUCACAUCUGAGGAAGACCUCAGACACGGAGUGCAAGAUGUGGCCUGCUCUACUGCUGUCCCAACUCCUCCCUCUCUGGCCACUGCUGUUGCUACCCCUCCCACUGCCUGUUCAGGGCUCCUCCCCUCGAUCCCCACCAGCCCCUGCCCGUCCCCCCUGCGUGCGGGGUGGCCCCUCAGCCCCUCGCCAUGUGUGUGUUUGGGAGCGGGCUCCUCCACCAAGCCGAUCCCCGCGGGUCCCAAGAUCACGUCGGCAAGUUCUGCCCGGCACUGCACCUCCGGCCACCCCAUCGGGCUUUGAGGAAGGGCCUCCCUCAUCUCAAUAUCCCUGGGCUAUUGUGUGGGGUCCCACAGUAUCUCGGGAGGAUGGAGGGGACCCCAACUCUGUCAAUCCUGGAUUUCUGCCCCUGGACUAUGGCUUUGCAGCCCCACAUGGGCUGGCCACCCCACACCCCAACUCAGACUCCAUGCGGGAUGAUGGAGAUGGACUCAUCCUUGGGGAAACACCUGCUACCUUGAGGCCCUUCCUCUUUGGAGGACGUGGAGAAGGUGUGGACCCUCAACUUUACGUUACCAUCACCAUAUCCAUCAUCAUUGUUCUGGUGGCUACUGGCAUCAUCUUCAAGUUCUGCUGGGACCGCAGCCAGAAGCGGCGCAGGCCCUCAGGGCAGCAAGGUGCCCUGAGGCAGGAGGAGAGCCAGCAACCACUGACAGACCUGUCCCCUGCUGGAGUCACUGUGCUGGGGGCCUUCGGGGACUCACCUACCCCCACCCCUGACCACGAGGAGCCCCGAGGGGGACCCCGGCCUGGGAUGCCCCAGUCCAAGGGGGCUCCAGCCUUCCAGUUGAACCGGAUUCCCCUGGUGAAUCUGUGAUGCCCCCCCAUGUUGGGGUGCUGCCAAGCAGGAGGCCAAGUGGCCAGCAUAGCCACCAUCCACUGAGGGUGGGGCCACCGUGGGGAACUGGGACCGUGGUGGGGGCUCCCGGCCCCUGCCCUUGCACACCACCUGGAGCCCUCACUGACCCCACGGGCAAAUGUUUGCCUCCAGUGGUGGGGGCUUCCCACACUUGUGACUUUGGGUCCCCAUCCCCACCCUUGCACAUUCACACAAAAGCCUUGCACAGCCACCUCCACCCUCACAGGUCACAGCACACACUCACGCUCGCCAUGCUGCUCUGCUCCGUGUCCCCGUCGCGUCUGCUCCGCUGGCUCCUAGCUCGCUCCCUCUUGUUGCACAUGCCCUGCCCCCUCUGCGUUCUGUGCCCACCUCAGACCGGGCUGUGCGUUUCUGGCCGGGUACAUGUGCACUCACUCUGCCUCAGCACCACUGGUCUAGUUCCUGUGGCCCUUGCAUGCUGCCCUAGAGGUGGGUGGGAGUGAGCUAGGGGCUCCUUGUGCCAUCUGCCAUGGCCGCAUCUCAUUCCAUGUCUUGUUUCACUGUCCUUCCAUCCCAUUCCAAGGGCACUGGCAUUACUCUGAGGGCUCCCCCACAGGUAUGGGGGUAGUGAGCCUCAACUGCUAAAUCCUGUCAUCCACCUGAAAGAUGAGUUUGGGGGAGCCACCUGCUGCACUACAUAAGAAGGGACUCCCAUGUCCUCCCUUCCCUCCCAAGUCCUUGUCUUGUCUGUCUGUCCUGGCUGUCUGUGUGUAUGUGUCUCUAUGGAAUUCAGAGCCCCCUGAACAGGCCCUCCUCUCCCCACCCUUCCCUAAGGCCUCCCUAAUUGUACUUAGGCUGCCAGGGACUGAAGCCAACUGGUUCAAGGCCAUUGGAAGCUCGGCCUCCACAUCACCCCUCUUCCCGGGUCCCCUCAUGUCCCCUUCUUCCCCUUCCUGCCUCUCACCCUUUCCUCUCCUCAGGCCCUCUUUCUUGUUGGUUUUCCACCUUCCUUCUUCCUCUAACCUGGCUCCUAUGCUGUGAUAUAUAUUUUUGUAUUAUCUCUUUCUUCUUGUGGUGAUAAUCUUGUGGGAUGUAAGUUUCAAAAUUUUCAAAUAAAGUCUUUGCAAGAUAA